AUGACCCACGCAGAAUUUGGUCAGUCCAAGAUCCGGAUUGUUGAAAAGAGCAGACUGGAAAUGCAGAAGGAGAGAGAAAGGUUUGUGUCGGACAAGAACCAGAUGGUGAAUGAGAUUGACAAGUUGAAGGAGCUGCUCCACACAUACGAACAAUCCAUCGAGCGGAAAGACCAGGUUAUCUCCAACCUCACCCACGCCCUGCAUAAACAGAGGGAGAAGUUUGACAUGCUGAAGAAGUUCACCGAGUGGAAACUCAGACACAAUGACCUGAAACGGGAGGCGUUUGCCAGCAAUCUGGCCAGGAAGCACUACGAGAGAAGCUUGUCCUCUAGAGUGUGGGUCGCCUGGCACUCCGUCAUCGAGAACAAGUGGCGGCAGCGGGUGGAGAAGGCGUGUCAGUCCAAGGCACAGGACGUGUGCUUGCAGCUCACUAAUGAAUACGAAGCCAAAAUCAGACAGCUGAACGAGGAGCUGGAGUCUGCGCAUGUGAAGAUCGGGCGGAUGAACGUGGAGCGGGAGAAGUAUGAGGAGGCCAUGAAGAAGGCCUUCAUGAGAGGAGUCUGUGCCCUCAACCUGGAGGCCAUGACCAUGUUUCACGGGGAGGAAGAGGGCGAGGAGGGACAAGUGUCUUCUGGGAAGCGCGUCUCCCCUGAUGAUAUUGCAGACAAUCUGGACAGUUAUGCCCUUGACAAAGAUUACGGUCACUCCAAGACAAUACCACAGGAGGCUGUGUACAUGACCCAACCUUCCGACCCUGUCCCACCUCGUAUAGUCAGCAGCCAGGGGUCACGUACCUCCACUGUGUCACAGACUAGAUCAAGUGUGUCAUCUCGUCCCACCAGUGCCACAUCGUCUUCACAUCGUGGCAAGGUCAUCACUGCUAAGGUCACUGCCAAAGUCGACUCGGGGAAGUCCUCUCGUGGUCCGGGGACGGCAAGUUCCACUCUCGCCCCACCCAUGGCAUCUGUCAUUGUGGAGAGGCAUCAGCCUGUCACCAAGCAAACAAUAGGAAAGGCAGCAGCCAGCAAGUUUCCAUCACAGCAAGGAGGUCAGAUCUACAAGCGGUUAGCAGGUCAAGGGUCACCGGUCGUGCUCUCACCACAUAUUCAGUCAGUCAAGGUUGUGGACUGACACUGUAGAGUAUACAAGGAAACAGCUGGAAACUUAGCAAGAAUGUGAUAUGACAAGGACAAUAUGACUUCAAAGAUUGGUCAGUGCGAGGGGUAGCCUUAUGGUUAAAGUGUUUACUCAUGUCGAAGACCCAGGUUCUAUUCCCUACAUGGGCCACAAUGUGUGUAGUCCAUUUCUGGUGUCCCCGCCAUAAUGGUGAUAGAAUAUUGGUAAAGCUGCAAAAGACCCUCACUCACUCAAAGACUGGUCCUUCUGACGUACACAGCAAACCAUUCUUCAGCAUGAUCAAUGGUUGCUAGAAGUAAAAUAUGUGUUUACACAUUGCUGUGGCUUUGCUCAUCACGCCAAAGACCCGGGUUGGAUUCUCCACAUGGGUGGAAAGUGUGAAGCCCAUUUUUGACGUCCACUACACAAUGCCAACCUAAGAGCAGACAUGUU